UUAAUCUUGACCGUAGACUCCGCGGCAUUCGGCUUCACCUCGACUCACAGAGAGAAACACGGCCACAAAGAGUUGGGAAGAGCUGCGAAGGAGCACCAUGAAAACUUACACGGCCUCCUCACUUUCUUUUCCACUCCUGGGCGCCUGUUUUCUCCUGGUUUGGGUCUCUGCUGUGAGCGGGGAUUACUGUAAAGAGAAUGUGUGCCAGAAUGGUGGAACGUGUGUGACGGGAACAGGGAAGGAUCCGUUUAUCUGCAUCUGUUCGGAUGGCUUCACUGGGGAUGUCUGCAACGAGACUGAGAUUGGGCCCUGUCAUCCAAACCCCUGCAAAAACGACGGCAUCUGUGAAGUCCUUGACAGCCAGCGCAGAGGGGACGUCUUCAGCGCAUAUGUGUGCAGGUGCCAGAAAGGCUUCGAGGGCACGAACUGCCAGAACAAUGUGAAUGACUGUGCUGGUCAGCCAUGCCAAAAUGGGGGUCAGUGCCGGGAUCUUGAUGGAGAUUUCACCUGCAAAUGCUCAUCACCUUUUGUUGGAAAGCAUUGCCAACUGCGCUGUAUCUCUCUGAUGGGAAUGGAGGGGGGUGGCAUUGCUGAGUCUCAAAUCUCUGCUUCCUCCGUUUACUAUGGUAUUCUGGGACUGCAGCGCUGGGGGCCUGAGCUGGCCCGUCUUAACAACAAAGGUCUGGUGAAUGCCUGGACCUCUGCAACGCAUGACAAGAACCCUUGGAUUCAGAUCAACAUGCAAAGGAAGAUGCGUUUCACUGGCAUAAUCACCCAGGGAGCCAGCCGCAUGGGCAGUGCUGAGUUUAUCAGAUCCUUCAAGGUGGCCUCCAGUUUGGAUGGACGUACAUACACCUUGUACAGAGCUGAGGGCAAGAAGACAGACACUAUUUUUGCGGGAAAUGUAGACAAUGACAGCACCAAAACCAACCUGUUUGACCCACCCAUAAUCGCUCAGUACAUCCGCAUUUUGCCAGUCGUGUGCCGCAAAGCCUGCACGCUGAGAAUGGAGCUGGUGGGCUGUGAACUUAACGUGUAUUUGAACAUGACAGGUUGCUCAGAGCCACUGGGUUUCAAGUCACGGCUGAUUUCCGACCGUCAGCUGGUGUCCUCCAGCUCUUUCAGCACGUGGGGCAUCGAGGCCUUCACCUGGCACCCGCACUACGCCCGUCUGGACAAGCAGGGCAAGACUAAUGCCUGGACUGCUGCCACCAACAGCAAAUCUGAGUGGCUGCAGGUGGAUCUGCUCUCGCCUAAGCGGAUCACAGGAAUCAUCACGCAGGGCGCUAAGGACUUUGGGAACGUGCAGUUCGUUUCAGCCUUUAAAAUUGCUUACAGUGACGACGGCCAGCACUGGACUGUGGUGAAAGAUGACAAAACACGGACCGAUAAGAUCUUCCCUGGCAACAGUGAUAACAACGUGCACAAAAAGAACGUGUUCGAGCCGCCCUUCUACGCGCGAUUUGUCCGUGUCCUCCCCUGGGCGUGGCAUGAGCGCAUCACCCUGCGAAUGGAGCUGCUGGGCUGUGACGAGUAAAGCCCCUAAAAUCCGCCUCCUCUCUCUGUCUCUCCUCCUUUACCGCCCUCACUCCCUCCUUCCUGAGCCACAUAUGCACUGCCUCGCUCCCAGCACCAGAGGGCGCUAAAGUACCACACAAAACCCUACACUGCAGGGAACCGAGCUUUCAGGGAGCUUCAGGGAUAUCCCACAGAAAAACAAAAAGAAACAAAAACAAUCAAUAAAAAAAAAAACUUAAGCUGCAGCGCAAAGCUUUAUACAACACAGCAAGAUUUACUGCGAUAAAUACAACUGAUGGUGCAAGCUGAAGCCAGAAUUGCUUAAUGUUACAUAUUAUUAGCAGUAGCGUGAUCUGUUCUUAUGAAACUGCAGUGCUCCAAUGAGAGAUUAAGCUAUCACAGGAGUUCAUGCUUAGAAUGGUGUAGAAAAAAGUGGUAUGGAACCAUGAUAUGGAUGAAAAAAAAACAGUAUUUUGUUAAGAAGAAUUGUACAUACCAAAUGGAUUUUGCCGUACAUAGUCAUGUUUGUGUUAGUUUAAUUGGUCGUGAAGGCUCUGUCCAGUUGUAAACUUUUUUUUUUACUUUGGUAAUUGAUGGUUGUCAGUAGAUCAUAGCUAGAUAACUGGUUGUGAGCAUGACUUUUAAAAAGGUUGUAGGUUUUUGUUUCUUUUAUUUUGUUUCUCAUUUAAAACACACCAUUUGAAACAUAAAAUCCAAAUCAUACCUUGAAGUAUAACAAAGAAACAGCAGCUAUGUGUCAGUUUCUCAGUAUUAUUUAGUAGUAUUAUUAUUAACACGUAAUGCUUUGGCCCAACACUGCCACGGAUCUGUCUCAGGUAGAGUUGAAUCAAUUGCAAUGUGCUACUGAUUUUACCACGUUAUUCUGAAAUAAACAGCAACCUUUGAAUAUUGUCAUUUCAAAAGCCAAAGCCUUCUCUCUUUUUCUCUUCCAUGUUAAUUGGGUGUCCCUCCUUUGGGUGUUGAUUUUAUAUAUUCAGCCAAUUACGUACAUAAUACAUAUGUUAUGUCUAAUGUAUUCAGUGAUAAGCUUGGUCAGAAUCGUUUGAAUCUCUUAGAGGUUCAGCUGCAAAUAAAAAGCUGCUUAUUAUUAUAAAACAUAUGCAGUUCCCCUGGUACAGGGGGUGAAAAUCUCAUUUAGAAUGAUUUCUACGGUCGCACUGAAGCUCUGACAUCACCCACCCCAAAUCUACAUAAUGCUCUCACGGUGCUGUGUUGUGAGCCCCACUUCCCCAAUGAACUCCUUAUGAAUUAUGAAUUUUGGGCUUGUGCAAUAUAAUGUCAGCAUUAAUAUUAAUGAAAAAAUAUUAAUGGAACAUGCUUAGAAAUGAAAAAUGGGCAGUAUUUUACUCUAUUGCUUAUCGAUGAAGAUAUAGAAGUACUGGUUGAUGGUAAGAAACACUGAAUAAAAUCGUUCAAUUUGAGACGGGUGUAUUCAGGAGGCCACAUGCAUUAAAAGAAAAAAUUGUUGCCAAUGUUAGCAUAUUAUUUUAUGAGACGUUUUCUACUUUACAAUGAACAUACAGCAAGUUUGUGAUUCCUUUUCAAGAUGUUCUUUGUUCUGUCUUGUUCUUCUCUGAUACUUAAUUGAUGUGUUUUCUUGAAUAUUUUCAUACCAUAGGGCAGAUUUCCAAAUCUGGAUAACGUGAUUAGAUUUGAUUAAUUUCUUCCGUGUAUCUCUCUCUCUCUCUUCCCCCUCAUAUCUUUCUCUCUCUCCCCUCAUAUCACUCUCUCUCUCUCCCCUCAUAUCUCUCUCUCUCUCUUUCUCUUGAAUGAUUUCUUCAUGUUCUUAAUAACUAAAACAUAAAUAAAGUGCUGAAAUAGA